AUGGCGAGCCCCCCUAACUCGAGUGUCGCCCGGCUCGGCGACGACAAGGACGGCGCCGCCGUCGUCGACACCAAGGACGCGGCCGCCCUCACGUCGCCGUCCGCCAGUGAAGAGUCCGGCUCGGAAGAAGAGUUCGAGGACGAGCUGGCCAAGAACCCCUUCCUUGACCCUGUCGUUGCCGCCCACUGGAAGAAAGUGUACGAGGAUGCCGACUACGAGUGCCGCCAUGUGUUUGAUCCCACCUUGACGUGGACGGAGGAGGAGGAGAAGCGGGUGGUCCGCAAGCUGGACUUUCGAAUCUGCACGUGGGCGUGUGUCAUGUUCUUUUCCCUGCAGGUUGACCGCGGAAACCUCCAGCAGGCCUUGUCCGAUAACCUGCUCGACGACCUGGGGCUCAACACCAACGAUUACAACUACGGCACGGUCGUGUUCCUCAUCGCCUUCUUGCUGGCCGAGCUGCCGUCUCAGCUGGUGUCCAAGAAGAUCGGGCCUGAUCGGUGGAUUCCGAUCCAGAUCGUCCUCUGGUCCGUCGUCGCUAUCUCGCAAUGUGCGUUGAAGAACCGUUCCGGAUUCCUCGCAACCCGCGCCCUGUUGGGCCUGCUAGAGGGCGGCUUCAUCCCGGACAUUGUCCUCUGGCUCUCCUACUUCUACAACUCGCGCGAGCUGCCCAUCCGGCUCAGCUACUUCUGGACAACCUUGUCGUUGACCACGAUCAUCACUUCUUUGCUGGCUUUCGCCCUCCUUCACCUGCGCGGCGUCAACGGCUGGGCCGGCUGGCGAUGGCUCUUCCUGGUCGAGGGGCUCAUCACCCUGGUCAUCGGGCUCAUCUCCUUCUUCAACAUGCCCGCAUCUGCCGUGCAGACCAAGACUUGGUUCCGGCCGAAGGGCUGGUUCACCGACAGGGAGGUGGCCAUCGUGGUCAACCGGGUCCUCAGGGACGAUCCCUCCAAGGGUGAUAUGCACAAUCGUCAAGCCAUUACGCCCCGCCGCCUGUGGCACGUCCUUAAGGAGUACGACCUGUGGCCCUUGUAUGCCAUCGGCAUCAUCUGCUUCAUACCCCAGGGGCCAGUCGGCGCCUACCUGACUUUGACGCUGCGGUCUUUGGGUUUCAACCCGUUCACAACCAACCUCCUGACAAUUCCUUCGACCGUAUUUCACAUCAUCACCCUCCUCAUCAUAACCCGCAUCUCCGAGUGGCUGAACCAACGAGCCCUGGUCGGCGUGUGGCAGAACAUCUGGACCCUCCCGUGCAUCAUCGCGCUCCGGUUCUGGCCGGGCGUCAUCGAUAACGCCUGGGGGACCUACGCACUCAUCACCGUUCUCCUAUCCUACCCCUACUGCCACGCCAUCAACGUGGCUUGGGUCUCCAAGAAUUCCAACAACGUCGGCACCCGCACCGUCGCCUCGGCGCUGUACAAUAUAUCCGUUCAGCUCGGGCACGUGUGCUACUCGUUCAUCUACGUCGACAGCGACAAGCCCUACUACCGCAACGGCAACACCAAGCUGCUGGUCAUCAACAUCCUGUCCAUCCUGCUCUUCCUGGGCACCAAGGCCUACUAUGUGGCGCGUAACCGCUACAAGGAGAAGGUCUGGGCGGCCAUGAGCGAGGACGAGCGGGCAGAGUACAUCCGCUCCAGCAAGGUCACGGGGUGUAAGCGGUUGGAUUUCAAGUUCGCGCACUGAUUUCGAUUUCGAUCUUGGAGCCCGGUUUAUUCUCCCAGGAGGUGUGGUCUGGGAGGGUUAAGGAUCAGGGGUUGGUUAAGCUUAGAUAGCUCUGAGAGCUUGCCGCCUCGUCCCGAAAGAGACUAUGGACAUUUACG